UCUAUUUAUGUCCUACCCCCCCUCAAAACUCAUCAAAAACCCACCUCCAAUUCUCAAGGUCCAAGCCAGUGGCCACCAUCCUCGGCAAUCAGCACAUACAUGUUCAUGGAACAUCACUGCCUUCAGAACAACCCCAACCCCGAUCCAUCCGCAAAUGCUCCUCCUUCUUCAUCAUCCCCGGACAAGCUCGGCGACAGGAGGAGAUCGCCGUCGGCCCGGAACGUCAAGACCCGAGGCGGGAGAUCGGGGCCGCUCAGGCUCUCGACCGACCCGCAGAGCGUGGCCGCCCGGCGGCGGCGCCACCGCAUCAGCGACCGGUUCAAGAUCCUGCAGAGCCUCGUCCCCGGCGGGUCCAAGAUGGACACGGUGUCGAUGCUCGAGGAGGCCAUCCACUACGUCAAGUUCCUGAAGGCUCAGAUUUGGCUCCACCACGCCGUGUUCGAGGGCCGAGCCGGUUGGUCCGACCUCGUCCCGGCCUGCUCGGCUCCCCUCCCCCGGCGGCUCACCAGUGGGCUCAGAUGGCUCAGAGCCAGCAGCCCGACAGCGCCUCUUCGAGCUUCGUGGACGUCGAUCAUCAUGCGACGCCGCCGCCGCCGAGCUUAGCGGAUCUCUGGUGGUUUCAAGGCGGCGAAGAGACCGUGUCGUGCGAUGACCGGGCAUGAGGCAGUCUUUGGCUUAGUGUAAUGUCCGUCUCCAUUGGCUCGCGUGACUAUCAUAUGUAUAUCGCAUUGUGUGGGUAGUCUUCUUCUUUUUUUGGAAUUUCUUUUACGAUUUUGAGGAGAUGGGUGUGACCAAAAGUGGAAAAAAGAAGUUUUGAGGGGGCUUGUGAUAAUUAA